AUGGAAAAAGAAAAUGAACUUGACGAAUUUGAUUCAGACUUUAUUGAUACUGAAGACGAAAAUUGUACCGAUGGACAAGAACUUGAACGACAGAAGAAAUUCAAGAGAAAAAGGAAACCUGAAAAUAUUCAUUGGGCUAGGGAAAAGACAAAACGUAACGGAAUGGAAGGCAAGGAUUAUCUAGGAUAUAGUCGAAGUAAAACUGGUCAAAUACUACACAUAGCGAAAACGCAAUGCAGAAGCUUAGGUCCAGCUUGCUCCUCCAUGAAGUGCUUGAAAUACAAAAAGAGACACUGUAAUAUUAUAACUCAUGAAGAGCGCUUGUCGAUUUUUAAAAAAUUUUGGACUGAUAUGUCUUGGAGCAAAAACAGAUAG